UGUAUCGAUUGGUAUAUCCACAGGGAUGGCUUAUUGUGGAGUUGUUGGGCACAACUUGAGAAAAGAUUAUAUGAUCAUCGGUGUCCCAGUGAUCAAAGCUAGGGGAAUGAUGGAAAUUUCACAUGAUAAGAUAUUUUGCGACUACGAUACCAUAAUGCACAGUAAUUUAAGCAGAACUGCAUUCAAGUCGAAUGGUGUGCAGAAAUUAAAAAGAAACAGAAAGUGUCACAUUUACGAGUUUCUUGGAAUACCUUUUAUACAGCUAACACCGAUUAACACUUCGAACUUGAAUUAUCGUUAUCCUAUUUUGGGUCGUUCUCAAGAACUGGAAAUUUUCAAUGACAUUUUAGAUAAUAUUGGAGUCAUGGAUAGAAAUUAUUCUGGAAUAUUGAUAACGGGUAAUGAAAGAUCUGGUAAAUCUAGAUUGCUCGAUGCUUAUGUCACCAUUGCUAAAAAUAGACAAAUAAAUGUUGUCCAACUUCCUCUGCAUCAUUCUUAUUCAGAAAAAGAAUAUACAAUACUCGAUGCAGAAGAUUGCAAGUCUAUUAAAGAUCGCGAAAGAGUAUUAAAAAAGAAAUUGGGUUCGUCUCUCUCCUCAAAUGAAUUUUGUUACUUAAAUACAUUAAUGAAAGUUUCUUUUCCUCUUUCGGAUGAGUAUUGUGCGGCUAAUAAUUCGCAACGUCAUAUAAAAAUGACAGAAAUUUUCAGCAUUAUUUUAAAUCAAAGUGAUAAAAUGUGUAUAUUUUUGGACGAUUUUCAUUAUACUGAUUCGAUGUCCUGGCAUUUUGUGUCAUUAGCUUUGGAAAAUAUUAACGUAGUAACAGUAAUAACUACUCUAAAUCCACCUUUUGAUAUCGAAAACUUCGACGUAGAGGAAAAUUUUUUUGAAGAUGGAAGAUUAAUAAAAAUUACUUUAGACGGACUAGAUAAUCAAUUGUUAACUGGGUUUGCCUGUCAAUUUCUUAAUGUUGUCGCAAUACCUAAAUCUUUGGACGCGAUUAUAAAAAAAUAUAGUCAAAACGAUAUAGGCUGGUGUGAAACAUAUUUGAGUUUGACUUUGCAAAGUAAUGGACUUGAUUUUUUAACUAUGACUAGCACUGAAUUAAAACAAUAUAAUCUUAUUUUCCCGGAAUCUUAUAUGAUAAGAAAAGUGCCGUCUGAUUUGUUCCCGGAAGACGUGAUCCCUUCUUCUAAAACAAAUCUUUUUCCUAUUUGUAUAACUAAUGAAAAAUAUAUUGGUUUUGCUGAUGCCACUUUGAAUUAUAGUGGUCUGAAAAGGAUGAUUUAUGAAAGGAUGAAUUUAUAUCAAAAAGAAUUUAUCAAAUGUGCUGCGGCAAUCGGUCAACUUUUUGUACGGACGAUCGUUCAAACUCUUAUAAUAAAUUCAACGGCAAAGCAUACAGCUGAAAGCAAUCGUGUCCGAACUAAUUCGAAUACGAGUAGUGGAAUGUGCUUCUAUACAAAGACAUCUAUUUUAUACCGAUAA